ACAUUGACCGUUGAAUUAUGCGAGUUCGUCUUGCAAUUUUCUCGUCCGAAAUCACUUCUUAGUUAAUGAGGAUCACAAAAAUAAACAGCAAACAGUCUCUUACUAUUCAAUUGUUUUUAACCAGUGAGUGCUGUGUUUUGCUGAAUUAAGACACACCAUUUCCGUUCCUCUGCGAUGAUCAUGUUGACUGCUUGUUCACAGUAUGUUCUGUAGUCAUGGCUGGUGUUGACCACGCCUAUCAGUACUCCGUGGAAGUGAAGAGCAGGUUCUCACUGUUCCUGGACGACACUCUGAAUAGUGAAGACCCAGAUAUCCUGCUAUCCAAGUUGCAGAGUAAACGAGGUGAAAAAACUAAAAAGGAUAGGCCUCAUUUGCAACAGCAAAAUGUGGCACCUACAAAGGUCGACACGAUAACUAAGAGUGAGGUGAAGGUUGAUACUGCAACUCCGAAAGCUGGUUCUCGGGUGUCGAAAACCCCCAACUCCACAGAGCCGCCAUCAGUGCCACCUGAAGACGUGCAAAUUACAUCCGCUAAAGGGACAGAUGAGCCAUUUAGUACCUUUGUGCGUGGUCGUGGCCCAGGUAGGGGAACACCUCGAGGAAUGCGUGUAGGCAGAGGGCAGGGGCCACGAAUAGCUCCGACAGAAGCACCUCAAGAUUCAGUUAGUGAUUUGAAUGCUCCCAGAGGGCCAAGCUUUGAGCCUAGAGGACGUGGGAGAGGCAGAGGAAGAGGAAUGUUUGGUCGAGGUCGUGGGAUGCCAUUCAAUUCAAAUCGAGACUUCGACAAUCAGGAUGGUCCAGAUCGUCAGGGUCCGAGACAAUAUAGUCGGAGAGAUGGGAAUUGGAAUUCUCAGGAUGUUGAUGGCCAAGCAAUGCCUGAGAGUGGUGACUCAGAGCAAGUUGUGCGUUUCGCAGACGACCGUAACGAAGUCGAGGACCAGACAGAGCAUGCCACAACGGAGAAUGAGGAGGGUGUGGUUGUCGGCACAGAAACCCCAGUUGAGGAAGAACCGAAAAGCUACACACUAGAAGAAUACAAAGCUAUGCGUCAGUCUUCCAAACCAGCCGUUUUAUUAAACAACAAAGGUCUACGCAAAGCUAAUGACGGCAAAGAUGUGUUCGCAAACAUGGUGGCUCACAGAAAAAUACAAGAGGUCUCCGAAGAUGUCUACGAGGUAGAGGAGAAGGAAAACGAGCCUGAGGAGCAUCAGUCGAUCGACAUUGAUUUCUCUUUCGCUGACGACUUUGGAAACCGUAGAAGAGGUGGACGAGGAUUUGAAAGCAGAGGGUUCGAUCGUGGGCGUGGUGUUGCACGCGGUGCAGGACCAAGAAGUGAACGUGGGGGUCGAGGAAGGGGUCAGAUAAGGAGUGACGGAAGAGGUCGUGGUUUCGGCCGUGUUUUGCCUAUUAACGAUCACAUUCCACCUCCAGCAAUUUACAACGACCAGGAGUUCCCUUCCUUGAAGUGAAUUCUCAAAGGAAAAUGAAAACAGACUGUUGGAUUGAUUAUAUUCUUCCUUGUUAACUUUUACUUCCUCUAAGGCUUUUAGUCCAAGCCUCUACUUACUCAUACUCAUCUUUCCCUAUUAAACUUCAGCUUUGUAAUCUAGUUUCUCCUAAAAGCAGUUCAAGGACUGGAUUUGGCUGUGCUGCUGGAGAUCUAAUUGCAAAGCUUUGUACAUGAGUGUUUUCAGAAUGUCAGUUUUGCGGUUGAAGUGACCAAUCGCCCCAAAUAAAAAUUAAUAAGAUAAUCUUUUUCAGCCUUU